UCAAAUUUCAAAGCCCAAUGAAUUCGAAGAAUCCCCCAAAUCUCCAAACCCUAGACCAGCAAUUCGAAGCCAAAAGCCCUUGAUCUGUGACCAAAUUGAUCAUCGAGGUGAUCUCCUCUCGAAAUCGCUGUUUCUUGAUCUCUUUGUUCAAAAAAGGGAUUGGGGAUUUAGGGUUUUUCAUCAAGAGUUUUGAGUGAGAAAUGGGUUGCUUCUUCGCUUGCUUUCGUAUGAAAGAUGAGAAUCAGAGGACGAAUCAGAUGGUUUCUCAAUCGAUCUCCACUAAGAACAGAGAUCCUUUGGUGUCGAGGCAUCAGCUUGGAUCGGUGUUUCUUGCUGAAGAAAAAGAAAAUGGCUCUUCUUGCGAGCGAGUAGAGCGUUCAAACUUGCGUGACAGCUUCCAGAAAGAAGAUCUGAUCGACAAUGAACUUAAGAAUGAGGCUAAAUUCCUCAAGUCUUGUGGUGCUCUGUUGGAGACUCCAGGAGAAAUUCGAAAAGCGUCUCAAAGAACAGUUUCUCACAAUCCUCAUGAAGAGAAGUCAUCCUCCAACUUUCAUUCAUGGCUUCCUGGCACUUCAUUGAAUAAACUUCUCUGGGAUGAGCCACUUGAUCAUCAUUCUUCAUCUCCCAAGAAGCAUGUAUAUGAAGAUUCUCAGUCUCCAGGGAAAGUUUAUGGAAGAUCAGUCAAUUUUGAAGAUAAAAAGCAAAUGUCUGGAAGUGCAUCCCCCUCACAUCCUGAGAGCCAGGCCAAACAAGUUGGUCCAAAGCCAUUGCCCUCACCAUAUCCUACUCCAUUAAAAUUGAAUGAUGAAAUGCAGACUCCUGGAACAGUUUAUCCAACUAAACUAGAGAACUUUGGAACUGGGAAGAAUGUGAGAAUUAGAACACAGUACCUUUACCCAGUCUUAAAUCCAGUGGAGAACACAUCUCAAUGGAAAGCGCUUAGUGGAGGUUCUCACCUGCAAGUUCAAUCAAGUGAAAUCAUUGUUCAAGGAAGAGGUCCUGAUGCUGGAGAGAACAAACAGCAGCUAAAUAAAAUGCACACUCUAACACCAAAAGACUCCAAAUCAUCACUUUCUCCCGGCAUCGCAUCUCCAAUUGCCAAGGGAAAUCAGAAUAUUGAGAUGAGUUAUGAUGAUAAAUAUGUUUCUUGUAACAGUCCAAGCAGUGUCAUUCCAUUGUUGGAUAACAGAGAGAAAGUGUUCCUAAGACCGAAUGAUGAGCAGCUAGUAGUAUCAAGCUUAUCUCAGUGGCUGAAGCCUCUGCCUGCGAAUGCUGAAAGAGGUAAGGAUCAUGACACUAUCAAUGAAAAUUCUCACUCUGGAAAGAGUCCCAGCGGUGAUAGGCCUAUCCUUGGAACUGUUGCUGCACACUGGAAUGAAGAUGAACCUUCUCAUAUCUCACCCAAAUGGUGGGAUGGAAAUGGGAUUCCAAAUUCUACAAAUAAGUACAAGGAGCAGGAUCAGAAAGUGAAGUGGCAUGCCACCCCUUUUGAGGAAAGAUUAGAAAAAGCUCUAUCGGAGGAAAAACUUUUCCCACCAAGGGAAAAUCUUGAAGCAAAGAUCAUGGAAUUCGACUAUGAAGGUGAGGAAAGUGAUACUGCAGCAUCUUAAGAAGGUCCAAACAGUCUGCAUGAGACUGGUUUAUAUGCUUCUUAAGCCGCUGAAUUAAAAAAAAAAAAAAAUGUGCCCUUUGCAUGCAAUUUCAUGUGAGAAUAAUUUCCAAGAUUUUGAUCAAUAGUGAUGACUUAUGUGACUGAGUUCAUCCUUCAGAAUUGCUUAUGAUUCUGCAGGCAUUGUGUAUAUAUGAGAAUUAUUCAUAUGUUUCCUAUCUUUUAAUGAUUUUGAUAUACCUC